UUUACACACGUGUGUAUCUCUGUGCAAAUAUGGCUGCGCCCUGGCCGUAACCACACGUCUUAAUGUUAUUUAAAAUACAAUUAAUUUAUAAACAAUAGUGCCGAACGAAGCGUCUGUAUUACGAAUGUCAGGCGAGGAGGAGAAGGUGGUGGAAGAGCCUGAAAUGGGAGAGGGCAUGGAGGGCACCGGAGAAGUGGAGGAGGACAAGACUGAAGAAACUAAUGGAUAUGGAGAGGCCGAGGGCCCUGAUGAUGAUGAUGAAGAUGAUGAUGAUGAUGAUGAUGAUGAUGAUGUGGUUGAGGAGGAGGAGGAAGAUGAUGCCAUGCAAGGAAACGAUGAGGAGAAACAGAAGUCCACGACCAAAAAGACCACACCAGGAAUCCUGUAUUUGGGUCAUAUCCCACCCAGGCUAAGGCCCAAGCACGUGCGGAACAUGUUGAGUGCAUAUGGAGAGAUCGGCAGGAUCUUUUUGCAGCCUGAGGACCACUCUGUGAAGAGGAAGAAGAAGAAAGCUGGGGUUAAGGCACGCAGCUUCACUGAAGGCUGGGUGGAGUUCAGAGACAAACGGGUGGCCAAGAAGGUGGCUGCCAGCCUGCACAACACGCCCAUGGGAGCCCGCAAGAGGAACCGCUUCAACGACGACCUCUGGUCCAUCAAGUAUCUGCACAGGUUCCAUUGGUGUCACCUGAGCGAGCGGCUGGCCUACGAGCAGACGGUCCGUCAGCAGCGGCUGAGGACCGAGAUCUCCCAGGCCAAGCGCGAGACCAACUUCUACCUGGCCAACGUGGAGAAGAGCCAGAACCUGGAGAAACUGAGGAGGAAGAAGGAGAAGAAGGGCGAGGCGGUGGAGGAGAAGACCUGGGACUUCACGCAGCGCCGCACCGAGGACGAGAUGCGGCAGAGCCGGCUGCGCAGGCAGAUGUCCAAGAAGAGCCUGAAGAAGGCGCAGGACAAGGCCCGAGUCAUCCAGGAAAAGGCCCAGUCCAACGUCUCCCUGCUGGCCAAGAUCUUCAACAGCGCAGCGGCCAAGGACUGACAGAAACUGUGGAACAGGCUGGGCAGUGGUCCCCCGCUCACACACAGGAGAGACAGGGAGAGAGCUGGAACAACUACUGGCUGCUAGGAGCAGAUUUUAUUUCCCUGCCAAAAGAAGCUCAGCUCAGCUCUUUUUUUAGGUUUAUGUGGUUGCUAACACAACCUAUUCAAGGCCAAGCUUUUGCCCCGAGUUUGUUUCAUAAACUAUUCAUAAGACUGGUUUUCCUAUGGGACCUCCCCUGUUUAAAGAGGUGGUAUAUGAAUAUUUCUUUAUUGUAGACUGCUGUGGCUGAAAGACUCUUUAGUCAUCUUGUGUAAUAAACAGGUAUAUUACCAUGCCUUUAUCAAAGCCACCCUUACUGCCCAGUACUGAACCCUCUAAGUGACAGGCACUAAAUGGCUAAGACUGAGAUGUCUGGUGUUUGGUGGUGAUUACUUAACAGCAGGUUUUUUUUUGUUUGUUUAAGUGGAAAGGGCCCCUGGGUCUGGCUUUUAUACAAGUGUUGUGAAAGAACUAAUAAUGUUGGGGAUCAUUUCAGCAAACAAACAGAAUUACAGGUCUUAUCUGUUUGGACGCAGAUAGAGUAGUUACCUUAUUGCUUGGGGUACUUUGGGCAAGCAGCAGGAAAGAAGAAAAAAAACAAUAUUGAGGGAAUAAAGGAAGGAAGAUAUUGAAAAGAUAAACAGGUCACUUCUAGCAUGGUAAGAACUGUCUCUGUCUACAGCUCACAAAAUGUGUCUGUACUGAAGGUGAACAUUCCACAUUAAAGCCUUGAAAAUGUGUAUUUACAAAUGUUUUUACAUGUUUGGAGUGAUACCCCUCUCUUUGUAAUGGAGCAGAUUUAAGCAGAUGGAACAAGUUUGAAAAGAUUAAAAGAUCA